CGCCGAGGCGCCAAGGCCGCGUGAGGGUCGGGGAAAGGUGCUCUUUGACGGUUUGAUUGCGGGCCCUUCCUGUGUGGCAGCCAUGGAGGCAGAGAAGCAACUGUCGAAGAUUAAAGAAACCUUCCAACUGGCUCAGCAACCUCACCAGAACCACGCGAAACUGAUGGCGGCUUUAAGCCAAACUUAUAACACGGUGGACAGGGCGGUUUUUCACGAGGAGUUCAUCCGUCACCUCAAGUACGCCAUGAUCAUCUACAAGCGGGAACCAGCCGUGGAGCGAGUAAUAGACUUCGUGGCUAGUUUUGCCAAUUCCUUCCACAAGUCAGAGAAGGAAGACGACGACGACGACGGAGACGAAAAUUCCUUUGUGAAUUAUUUGUUCAGCUUUCUCCUGGAGUCUCAUGAAGUCAAUAGCUACGCCGUUAGAUUUAGAGUGUGCCAGCUCAUAAAUAAGAUAUUGGGAAAUAUGCCGGAAAAUGCCCUGAUCGAUGAUGAUCUGUUUGAUAAAAUCAAUCAAGCCAUGCUUGUUAGGCUGAAAGAUAAGACACCGAAUGUGCGAAUCCAGGCGGUCCUCGCCCUCUCGAGACUUCAGGAUCCCAAGGACAGUGACUGCCCCGUGGUAAACGCAUUUAUUACCUUGCUUGAGAAUGAUUCAAAUCCAGAAGUAAGACGGGCAGUGUUGUCAUGUAUCGCACUAUCAGCAAAGACUUUGUCAAAAAUCAUAGAACGUACCAGGGAUGUGAAAGAAGCUGUCAGGAAGCUGGCUUACCAGAUUUUAGCUGAAAAAGUUCAUAUGAGAGUUUUGUCGAUAGCCCAGAGGGUAAAGCUUCUUCAACAAGGAUUUAGUGACCGAUCAGAUGCUGUGAAAGAAGUGAUGCAGAAAAAAGUUCUUCAAGCCUGGUUGUCCUUCACUGAUGGAGACAUCUUGGAAUUGCUUCACCGUUUGGAUGUAGAAAACUGCCCUGAAGUGGCAGUUUUAGUGCUCACUGCCUUAUUUUCAUCUCUUUCUCUGAGCGAAUUGGUGCAAAACUUCAAAGACAUCGCUGGCAGCAAAAUGAUUCCAGUGGAAACCUUAAAUCCUGAGAACUCUGUGUAUUGGAGGACCCUUUGUGAGUACCUGAAAUCAAAAGGAGAUGAAGGCGAAGAUUUUCUGGAACAGAUUUUGCCAGAACCUGCUGUGUAUGCAGAGUAUCUGUUCAGUUAUUUUCAGAGCAUGCCAGUAAUUACAGAAGAACAAAGGGGAGACUUUGCCUGUAUCGAAAAUUUGAUGACAAAGGAGUUUAUAGGUCAGCAGCUGAUUUUAAUGAUUGGGUGCCUGGAUACCAGUGAAGAAGGAGGAAGAAAGCGGCUGCUGGCAGUUUUACAAGAGCUCCUCGUUCUUCCUAAAAUUUCAACUUCUCUGAUGUCCUCCCUGGUUGAGAAACUGCUCCGGAUUCUCAAAGAUGACAACAAGAAAACACAAAUCGUUGCAGAAAUUAUCUCGGAGAUUCGUGAACCCAUAGUCGCCAUUGAGGUGCCCAUAGAUCCUGUCGAGAAAGGAAAGAAACAACUCAUGCUGGCUGAAGUGAAAGUGAAGCUGAUGGAAGCAAAGGAUGCUUUGGAGGAAUACAUUGCCUUGCAGCACUUCAAUCAAGCGUCGGUAUUAAAAGAGAGAAUAACAUCGCUGGAAAAAGCCAAAAAGGACCUGAUCAAAGAAGUCGAGACCCCCGAGAUUAAAGAAACAUGCGUGGAAAAGAGCGAUCCGGAGACCCUACUGAAAUGUCUCACUGUUUGUUAUGAACUCCUGAAACAGUUGCCUCUUUUGAAAAGGCUGUGUCCAACGAUGAUUGGAAUCAUCGAAUCUCUGAUUCUUCCGGGGAUAACAAAUGUUUAUCCCUCUGUAAGGAAUAUGGCUGUAUUAUGCUUGGGUUGCUGUGGUCUGCAGAACCAAGAAUUUUCCAGUCAGCACCUUGCACUGUUGUUGCAGGUUUUGCAAAUUGAUGAUUUCACAAUAAAAGUCAGCGCCCUAAAGGCAACCUUUGACCAACUGAUGUUAUUUGGGAUUGAACCAUUUAAAGCCAUAAAAGCCAAGCGCCCUGAAACUGGAGAUUCUGAAAGAAAUGGUAAUCCUGAGGAAGAGGAGACAAAAAUGAAAGAGGUGGAAGAAGAGACUGCAACAGUUAAAAAUCUUCUAAAACUCCUUUCAAGUUUCUUAGAUAGUGAGGUGUCCGAACUCAGGACCGAAGCUGCAGAAGGACUGGCCAAAUUGUUAUUCUCUGGACGAUUAGUUAGUACCAAAAUUCUCUCUCGUCUAAUCUUGUUGUGGUACAAUCCUUUGACCGAAGACGACGUUAAGCUUCGGCACUGCCUGGGAGUCUUCUUCCCGCUCUUUGCUUAUGCCAGCAGGACUAAUCAAGAAUACUUUGAGGAAGCCUUUCUUCCGACUCUGCAGACUCUGGUUAAUGCGCCCGCCUCCUCCCCGCUCUCCGAAGUCGACGUUGCCAAUGUCUCUGAACUGCUCGUAGACUUGACGAGGUCAAGCGGACUGGAUCCUCGGGCCCCAAAUUCUCAGGACACAACAGUGCAUGACAGUUUGGCUAUAAAAAUUUGUAAUGAGAUACUAACGUAUCCAAGUGCACCAGAGGUUCGGAUCUAUGUAAAAGCCUUGGAUUCUUUAGAACUCAGUGGCUCCGCCACAGAAGAUCUUCUGGUUCUACUGGAUAAGAUCCUUGGGCAAAUAAAAGAUAGGACAUGUCUGAGAGUGCUGGAAAAAAUCAAGUUGCAGUUAAGCAAAGGUGGCGUCCGACCUGCCAAAGCCCAGGACCUUGACACUACUACGGCCAGGUUCGCUCCUGAUAAGGAAGAAAAGAUUGAGGAAGCCGAGCGCACGCUUCUCGAAAACGAAGACGACAAAGAACUUGGCAGAACUGUGAAGCCCAGAUCCACCCAGAACACAACGGCCAGAGGGCGGAGAAAAGGGACCACUGAAAGCAGAAGAACUCGCGGGACUGUCAAGUUGGAUUCUGAAAGUGACCCAGAAAUUCCAGAAGCAACUCCAGAGGUGAGGAAGAGACUGCCGCGGAGAGCCAAAACAGCAGCGCUAGCAAAAACCCAAAUGAAUCUAGCUCUGAUGCUCAGUGAAGAAUCAGAUUAGCAGAUGGGAUGAAGGGUAAAGUCGGGCUUUAGCUCUAAUCGCAGUGCCUUCUUGUUUUAGAUUUAAAGGGAGCUUUUCUCUCCUUUAGAUUUCACAUAACCCCCUUUUUUAUUUCAAUUCUGUAGUUCUUUGUUAAAUAACAAGCGGUGGUUAUAGUUUUGUCAUAUUACAAUAAAGUAGCGGCAAUCGUG